AUGCCAGCCUGGGGAGUCUUGUUCCUGCUCUGGGCUGUGGUGGGGGCCACGAAGGACUGCCCUGCAUCAUGCAAUUGCCAUGCCCUGGAGACCAUGGGGCUUUGGGUGAACUGCUCGGGCCGAAGGCUCACAGCGCUGCCCAUCCUGCCUGCCCGCACCCGCCACCUCCUACUAGCCAACAACAGCCUGCAUGUGGUGCCCCCAGGCACCUUCGAUCACCUGCCCCAGCUACAGAUGCUGGAUGUGACCCAAAACCCCUGGCACUGUGACUGCAGCAUCACCUACCUGCGCCUCUGGCUGGAGGACCGCAUGCCUGAAGCCCUGCACCACGUUGUCUGUGCCAGCCCUGCCCUGGUGGCUGCCCGUCCACUGAACCAACUGACUGGCUCUGAACUGGGCAACUGUGGCUGGCAGCUUCAGGGCUCCUGGGCCUCCCUUCGCCUCUGGUGGGAUGUGACACUGGUUGCCGUGGUCACAUUGGGCCUGGCGCUCCUAGUCAGCCUGCUGUGCACCCUCGCCAGACUCCAGCACGAGCCUGGCACUGUCACCUCUAGACCAUAG